AGGUGCCCUACAGUAUCAUUUGCCGAUAAGCGGUCGUGAACGCAAAACACUCCAAGGAUUGAUAAGUUUUAAAAUCGAUUUUGUUCCACUAUCAUUGUUAUCUCAUUUAUCUGGGACAUUGGUAAAUCUCGCGAAGUUGAGUUUUUCUUUGGUGUUAUGUCAACAGUCAGAAUUUCUGGGUGUUGUAGAUAUGUGAGCACAACGCGGUGAAUGUGCGCCUGAAAUGUUUGAUUCGUACAGAUUAAAGGAAUGGCUGAGUUUGCCCCUUAUACGGGCUCAUCUCUGCACCUUAGCCGUGGCAUUCAGUUUCAAUAGCACAUGGCGCGUUCCUCGAGAUGCGUUUCGGUAUGGAGGUGUCACUUACGCUCUGGUAUUGUCUGUUGUCAUGGUAACAGUCGCCCUACCGGUAGUUUUGCUACACCUUGCUAUCGGUCAGCUCAGCCAGCAAGAUGCAGUUGGAGUAUGGAGGGCUGUACCAUUCUUUAGAGGUGUUGGUUACUUGAGAAUGCUGGUGUCAUUUUUGGGAUCCGUGUACACCAGUAUUUAUGUGGCCCUGACUGUUACAUACUUUUUGUACACGUUAAGUAAUUCAAUCCCUUUCUUGGAUUGCAUGGAAUUGAUAACAGAGGAGGAAGACAUUAGAAGAAAUUUGAAUGCGUCUGAAUGUCUGGACGCUACUUUUAUGUCGCCCAUUACCGAGAACCCGGAGUAUUAUUUAGCUGUAGCGUUGAUAAUCGUGGUUUUGUGGAUUGCGUUUCCUUUCAUAUUUUACAGGCCAGUAAAAUUAAUAAAACGAAUAUAUUACGUGUGCGGACCCAUACUGUUGUUGCUAUGUAUCGUAUUAGCCUCCGUGCUUGGAGACAGCGCCAACAUUUCCUCGAUAUUGGCCAGCAACGACUGA